CAUUCUCACAUAUUUAAAAAUAAAUAUACCUUUCAUUUAUUCUUUUCUUACUUUUCUUUUAUUUAGAAAGGAAAAAUGACUUUUAAGAAGAAAGUUGUUGAAGAAAUUUCAGGGUAUGAAUAUAUUCAUUCCGAUAUAGUGAUAAUACCAGGAUUUAGAGGGUCAAAAUUAGUGGAUGAAAAAAGCAAAAGACCAGGAUGGAUAUCAUUACAUACCCCAUUUUUUCCUAAUAGUAAAGAAUCAAUAGAUUUACCAUUACAUAUAACCAAACAUGAACAUGAUAGAUUAAUCCCAGGCGGAAUUGUGAAAAAAGUUGCAUGGUUAAAAUUUUAUGAAAGUUUAGUUAAUCAUCUGGAUGAUUUAUCUAAAUCUCGAGAAAGAAGUAUAAAAAAAGAAGAAAAAAAAUUAAAAAAAAAGGAAAGAGAAAAUAUUGAAGAAUUGCCAUCGUCAUCAUCUAGUGCAACAUCCGAUAGUAUGAGUGAUGAUACAAAUAUUAAUAUUAAUCAACAAUUUAAAUUACAUAAAUUUUCAUAUGAUUGGAGACGUACAAAUGAAGCUUCAACUGAAGUUUUUAUUGAAUUUCUUCAAAAUAUUUAUAAUAAUAAUGGGAAUAAAAAAAUUUAUAUAAUCGCACAUUCAAAUGGUGGAUUAAUAAGUCUUUCGGCAUUACAUCAAAGACCUCAUUUAAUAGGAGGGAUCAUAUUUGCUGGUACACCAUUUAAUGGAGCUCCUGGAAUAUUUGGUAAUUUAAGACAUGGUAUUUCAUUAUUAUUUAAUAAAAGAUUACAAGAUGAUGCAUCACAUUUUGCUCUACGUACGGUAUUCACAUUAAUGCCACCUAAAUUAGAUGCUUUCAAACAUCCAAAUAAUUUAAGUAAAAAUGCCAAUGUUGAUUAUUUUGAUAUUGAAGAAUGGAAAAAUAGUGACUGGUCACUAGUUAUUAAUGAAGAUAAUCCAAGAUAUGAUGAAUUAGGAAGUAAACAAGAACGUAUUGAUUAUCUUCAAAGAACUUUAGAAGCCGCGAAAAGAUUUCAUAAAACUUUAGAAAAACCUUUUGAAGAUUUUGAAUAUCCUCCAUUAUGUACAUUAGUUAGUAAUAAUCAUCUUACCAAUGGUGGUUAUGCAAUGGGUAAAUGUGAUGGUAAACAUAGUAUCUUAUUUGAUAGGGCUAUCUAUACUAGUGGUGAUAGUGCUGUUCCCUUUGAAAGUACCAGAUUACCUCAAGGAAUACCUUUUGAAACCGUUUUUUCAGAAUUUUCUCAUGGUUCUUUAUUAGAAGAUGUAGAAGCUGUUGGAAAAGCAUUAGAGAUCAUCUUUAAAAAGUAUUAAAACUUGAUCAUCAUAUAAGGCAAAAUUAUUGUUCCCCUUAUUAAGAGAGUAGUACUUCUUUAAUUACAAUAGAUACAAUUAUACUAUAUGCAUAUUUAAAUAUAGACUUGACAAUAAUUAUUUACUUAACAAUGUCCCCCCUAUUUUUGUAAUCAGUUAAGACUUUUUAAGUCGAUCUACUAAAUAAAAAUAAAUCAAAGAUUUAAUCUU